AUGAGCUACCCAGAACCCACAUGUCCGUUCUGCUUGAUAGCUGCAUCCCAUGCGCCCUUCACGCCCGGCUGCCCACCGUCCAACAUACCACCUCCCACGACGACGACGCCGUCCUCCUUCGUCGUUCUGUCCACCCCGUCGCUCAUUUCCUUCCUGGACAUCAUGCCCCUGAGUAGAGGACACCUCCUUCUCUGCCCGCGCGCCCACCGCACCCGCCUGACCGACACCACGCCCGCCGAGUCGCGCAGGCUGGGCGCGGCCGCGCGCCUGCUAUCCGCCGCGCUGAAGCGUGCAACCGGCGUGGCCGACUGGAACGUGCUGCAGAACAACGGCGCCGCCGCAGCCCAGGUCGUGCCCCAUGUCCACUACCAUCUCAUCCCUAGGCCGGAUAUACGUGCCCGUGGCAGGAUGAGCGAGAGCUUCACCAUGUUUGGGAGGGGUACCCGCCAGGAGCUGGAUGAUGAUGAGGCCGAGGUCCUGGCUGCCAGCAUACGACGUCAUGUUGCUGCUAUCGUGGCCGAGGAGGGAGCCGAGUUGGUUGACGACCUCGAAAUGGGGCCGUCACCAACUGAUGAGAAGUUGUGA